GUGUACGUCCGGGCUUGUCAGCUCAGCGCGGUCACAUGGUCGUGAGUCUCCUCUGUCUGAGCCGCCGCUCCGCUGCUGCAGAGCCCGGGUCCUUGGCUGCUCUUGUCGCUGCGGAGUCUGCGAAGCUGACGGCUGGCCUGCGGGAGGGAAGGAGUUUCUGAAUCAAGACAAAAAUGGAUAUCCGGGGUGCUGUAGAUGCUGCUCUCCCCACCAAUAUCAUUGCUGCCAAAGCUGCUGAGGUUCGGGCCAACAAAGUGAAUUGGCAGUCAUAUCUCCAAGGGCAGAUGAUUUCAGCAGAAGACUGUGAGUUUAUUCAAAGAUUUGAACAGAAAAGGAGCCCAGAAGAGAAACAGGAAUUAAUACAGACAGAAGGCAACCAGUGUGCUAAAACAUUCAUCAACCUGAUGACUCAUAUCUCCAAGGAACAGACAGUUCAGUAUAUUUUAACUAUGGUUGAUGAUAUGCUGCAGGAGAAUCACCAGCGUGUUAGUAUUUUCUUUGACCUUGCAAAACGGGGCAAAAACACAGCAUGGUCCUAUUUCCUACCAAUGUUGAAUCGGCAAGAUCUCUUCACUGUGCAUAUGGCAGCCAGAAUCAUUGCCAAACUAGCAGCCUGGGGAAGAGAACUGAUGGAAGGCAGUGAUUUAAAUUAUUAUUUCAAUUGGAUCAAAACCCAGCUCAGUUCACAGAAACUACGAAGUUCUGGAAGUGCUAAUGAUCCUGGGACUGAUAGCUCACAAUAUGUCCAAUGUGUUGCUGGAUGUUUGCAAUUGAUGCUUAGAGUCAAUGAAUACCGCUUUGCAUGGGUAGAAUCAGAUGGCGUAAACUGUAUCAUGGGUGUGUUGAGUAACAAAUGUGGUUUCCAGCUUCAGUAUCAGAUGAUUUUCUCUAUCUGGCUGCUGGCAUUCAGUCCUCAAAUGUGUGAACAUCUGAGGCGUUACAAUAUUGUUCCAGUCCUGUCUGACAUCCUUCAGGAAUCUGUAAAGGAGAAAGUGACUAGAAUUAUUCUUGCGGCAUUCCGGAAUUUACUAGAAAAGUCUACUGAAAGGGAAACUCGUCAAGAAUAUGCUCUUGCCAUGAUCCAAUGCAAGGUUCUAAAGCAACUAGAGAACCUAGAGCAACAGAAAUACGAUGAUGAAGAUAUAAGUGAGGAUAUCAAAUUUCUUUUAGAGAAACUUGGAGAAAGUGUCCAGGACCUCAGUUCGUUUGACGAGUACAGUUCUGAGCUGAAGUCAGGAAGGCUAGAAUGGAGCCCUGUCCAUAAAUCUGAGAAAUUCUGGAGAGAGAAUGCUGUAAGAUUAAAUGAAAAAAACUAUGAACUUUUGAAAAUUCUGACAAAGCUUUUGGAGGUAUCAGAUGACCCUCAAGUGUUGGCUGUAGCUGCUCAUGAUGUGGGAGAAUAUGUCCGACAUUAUCCUCGAGGAAAACGUGUAAUUGAGCAGCUUGGUGGAAAACAACUUGUAAUGAACCACAUGCAUCAUGAAGACCAACAAGUUCGCUAUAAUGCCUUGCUUGCUGUGCAAAAGCUGAUGGUUCACAAUUGGGAAUAUCUUGGAAAGCAGCUACAGUCAGAACAGCCUCAAACAGCCACAGCACGGAGCUGAGACUGCUUUAGUAACUGGAGAAGUUGUAGCUACCUUGAAGUGCGAGUAACAACAUCAUGUGGUUGCAAUCCCCUCACCGCCUGUCCUGCUAUUGUGUAGAUCUCUUUCAAAAUAUUAUUCCAAUAUAAUUACCUGAAGUACAAUGUAUUGUCUAGUAAACAGCUUUUGUCAGUUUGCUAGCUACAGUCCUUCUGCAUUGCAAAAAUAUCCAAGAAAUAUGAUACAUGUUGCCUUUAUUUUGUGUAUUUAUUGUCUCUUCAAAACAAGGGCAGAAAAAACAUUAAAGAAUAAUCAUUCCAUAUCA